GAUUCGUGAGUCGUGUACUCCGAUGUCUGAAUUUUUCAAUCAAGUGCACCAGAGUUAGCACUCAGCAGGUGCGCGGAGUAACUCUUCAUACACCACCAAAAGAGGUUGUGCAUCUGGAGUGAACACGUGAUUCAAAAUGGCCGAGAGAAGGACAAUGUUUGAAUGCGACGAGUGUAAGAAAUGGUUCUUUAGCAUGGAGGUGUUUGUUAGACAUCCUUGUGCCAUGAGGGAUGCCAAUGAUAACAUUGAAGUUGAAAACACGUCAGGGGUCACACUCACUGCAGGUUCUUCUGAUGAGGCGAUUAUAGUGGCACAAAAAGAAGAUCAAGAGCUUAUUUCCUGGACAAAGGAGGCAACUCUCUUACUGAUAGAUGAGUAUAAGAUUCGUCAAACAAAAAUUGACCAAGGGCGUCUUAGUAAGAAGAGGGCAUUUGAACAAAUAGCAGCUGAACUCCGAAUGAAAGGCUAUGUAUUUUCACAAGACCAAUGUGCAUCACGUAUGAAGACUAUAUAUAGAGUAUACAAAAAUGUUAAGGACGCAAACGCAAAAAGUGGCAAUGAACGUAAAUCUUACAUAUUUGAAAAAGAACUGGAUGAAUUGUACAAAGACAAACUAAGUAUAAACCCAAAAUGUGUGGAAAGCACAGCUACUGCUUCUUCUACUACAGAUGAAGAUGAACAAGAAGAACUGGAACAAAAAGCUGAAAAUUUGAAAAGGUAAAAUGCAACUCCAGAUGAGAAAGAUAUGUGCAAAGUUUGCCGGGAAGAUCUAGCCUGUACUGUAUUAAUGGAUUGUGGGCAAAAUGUUUGUUGUGUAAGAUGCACAGAAGAAUUGGAAAUUUGCCCAAUAUGCAGGAGUUGUAUUAAGAAAUGGAUACGUGUUUAUAAGGCUUGAUUGUGACUGUUAAAUUUUCAUGAGCAACGUUCAAAUUAAAUAAAUACUUUGUUUUACAUUGAAGUUAAGCAACUUGAUAUCCUUUGAACAUACACUGUUGCAUUUUAGCUCACAUGAGCAUGUACAGCUUAAUGCUGUUUUUUUCUUCAUUUUUUUUCAGUUAUACUUGUACAUGUUACACAUUGGUCUGUCACAUUUCUUUUUUACAAUUGAAUCUUAAUACAUGUAGAUAGGACUUAGAAUCUUCAUAGGCUAAUAAGGGUUGUCGAGAACAUGAUCCAUAUUGUGUUAAUGAGGUCACAGGUGAGGGGGUUUUUCUGAUAUAAAAACUUUUUUCGCUCACUUAACUUUUUUCGCUCACUUUGGUAUAUUGUUUUAAUCAUGAUACAUAUGCAUAUGUUUGUUGAAGAACAUUACCGCUAUUGUGUUUUGAGUCAGUAGGUCAAUGGUCAGUGUAAUGAAAACCUUUUUUUCUUGAUUAUUAGUUAACUAUUUUUAUUUUGUCUUCAAACUUAAUAAUGAUGUUGAUCUUGUAAAGAUUUACAACCAAUUAAUGAUAGUCAUUGUUAGCCUGAAUUAAAACUUAAAAUGGUGAUUAUUAAUUUUCUUUAUAUCUGCAGAGUUUAAUAAUUUAUUGGAACAGGAAAUGUUCAAUAUAUUGUUUUUGUCUAGUCAACUGUUUCUUGUUUUAUUAUCACUUGAUUUUUUAUUAUUUUGCUGUUUUAACAGAAAAUAUCUGUAUUAAAACUUAUAAAUUUGUUCAGAAUGUUUGUUGUAUGCAUUUAUGUCCCCAGAUUAUGUCUUAUGGUUGCUCACAAACGUCAUUGUGGGCUUUAAGGAUCUGUGAAUGUCGUCAGCCUUCUGUCCAAAAUUCAAUUAAACAUCACUUGAAUCACUGUGCAUAUUACAACAAAACUUCACAGUAAUGGGUUUAAGAACUCAAUUUCAUGGUUGCCACGGCAAUCAAAGAGAAAACGUCUUAAAACUGAAGGCAUGUGCUAUAAGAAUAAAGGUAUUAAGCAUAAUUUUGUGGACAUCUAAGUUUAUUUGAGUUAAAAUACAGAAGAUAAUAUAUAAAUUUAUACAGGAAAAUGUUUUGCUUUUUUGCCCUGAAAUCACGCUUAUACGAAAUGGCACAAAUCAACCACCAUAUGGCAGAUUUAUUGCAUGAUGUUUUUUUCAAGGCAAAACCACGACAUUGUUACCUUGUCUUGUUUUCACCUUUUUGAUGUUUCACUUUUUAGCGCCACAAAUCAGCCAGUAUUCAAGUCUAAAUAUUUAAAGUUUUGAAUGGAUCAGUUGUUCCCUGAAAUUUGUACUGUAAAACAAAUAAUGCAAAUAAAUUAUAGACUUUAUUGUUGCUAUUACCUUAUGUAAAACCAAACACUCAAAGAACAAUUUAUUUCAUUUAUACACGAGCACCUCGCAAAAUGGGAAAAACGUCUUUUGUGUAAUACAAGAAACGCAUAAACAGAAAACAUUAAGCAACUAUCCAUCUAGUUAGGUCAGUUUUUUUUCUCAAUAUUUGCCAUUGUCAACAAGUUUUCAAAGUUAUGGUAGCAGCUGACAUAUUUGAUUUCUUUUAUUUGUGGCGGCUGCAUCAUUUUCUGCUGCUUGUGGAUUUCGUGCUGGCUGAACUUGGUCUUCAUUGAAGUACUCAUCUAGUUCGUCAGAUUCCAUAAUACAGAUAUUAUGCAGAAUACAGCAAGAAAUGCACAGCUUAACGUCCACCUCAACCUUGUAAACAUCCAAGUACUUGAGUCGUCUGAAACGUCCUUUGAGAAGUGAAAAAGACCGUUCUUUGACCUGACGUGAUGCUGACAGACAAUAAUGUAAUGUCGCUGCUCACGUGUUAAAUGCCCAUUGUCUCGAAAUGGGGUCAUAAGCCAAACUUUAAGGGGAAAUCCACCAUCUCCUAUAAGGUGAUGACCAUCGUUGUGUAGCUGUUGUCCCUUCUGUCAUAGGUCAGAGUUUUUUAAAACACGAGAAUCAUGACAACUGCCAGGCCAUCCUGCAAAACAGUGAAUAUAUCUCAUGUCCUCACGACAAACACACUGAAGGUUUAUCGAAUGGUAGCCCUUUCUGUUCACGUAUGUUUGAGGGUGCUCUUUAGGAGGUUUGAUCUGAAUAUGGGUGCUAUCAAUGGCUCCAGCUAUAUCAGGAAAGUCUUUUUUCUCUUGAAAGACAUUGACCACAUGUAGUCGCUCCUGUCCUGUGGGCCAGACUAUAUACUUUAACUUCAAAUGUUUAAGAAAUACUUUACAUAUUCUUUUGCGAAUGUUAAGUACUGAAAAUUGAGUCACAUUAAACCGAUCUGCAAUUCGGCACAAUGGCUCUAGACUCCCAACAUACCAGAGAAAUAUCAUUAAAUGGGUUUCAACUGUAAUUGGACUCCGACCAGAAGAACGAACUACCUGGUACUCUUGUAGGAAUGUCCCAACUUGUCUAGCUAUCAAUUCAAAAGUAGGCCUGGACAUUCUGAAAAACAUUCUAAAAUCAUCCAGACUGUAGCGUGGAACAACUUCAUCCACAUAUCCUUCAACUCGGACCUUCUUUUCUCUUGAUC